GAGCGGCAGGUGUGUGUGGUGAUUUGAGGGGCUCAUCUGAUCAUCCUUUAGCAGCAUCUCUGACUGACUGUGAUCUGAAGAUGUCUGUGACACUGAACAGUGUGGAGGCGGUCAAGCGCAAGAUUAAAGUGCUGCAGCAGCAGGUGGAUGAAGCGGAGGAGAGAGCUGAAGUCCUGCACAGACAACUGGAGGACGAGAAGAGAACCAGAGAACAGGCAGAGUCAGAGGUAGCGUCUCUGAGCAGACGCGUUCAGUUGGUGGAGGAGGAGCUGGAUCGAGCUCAGGACAGACUGACGGCAGCACUGCACAAACAAGAGGAGGCUGAGAAAACUGCAGAUGAGAGCGAGAGGGGAAUGAAGGUUAUUGAGAAUAGAGCUCUCAAGGACGAGGAGAAGAUGGAGCUACAGGAGAUUCAGCUAAAAGAGGCCAGACACAUCGCAGAGGAGGCCGACCGCAAGUUUGACGAGGUGGCUCGAAAGCUGCUGGUGAUGGAAGGGGAUCUGGAGCGGGCCGAGGGCAGAGCACAACUGGCUGAAGUCACGAAGCGGCGUUUGGAGGAGCAGCUGAGGGGUUAUGACCAAUCACUGAAGACACUGCAGGUGUCUGAAGAGAAGUAUUCACAGAAAGAGGACAAAUAUGAGGAGGAGAUCAAGAUCCUGUCCAGCAGACUGAAAGAGGCUGAAACUCGUGCUGAGUUUGCUGAGAGAUCAGUGUCCAAACUUGAGAAAACUACUGAGGACCUAGAAGAGAGGCUUGCCACAGCCAGAGAAGAGAAUAUUAAGAUGCACACCACUCUGGAUUCAACACUUCAAGAACUUAACAACUUCUAAUUCCAGACGUCUGUCCUCUUCUCUCUACAUGCUAACUGCACCAGUUUCUUCUCCGAUUGCUGUGGGUGAUUUAUUGAAGCUGGUGCUUUAAUUUCACACUGCAUGUUUAAAUUUAUGUUGACAGAAAUGUUUCAUUCAGUUUGACAGGCUUUGCCUUGUCCAUUUAAUGUUUUUCUGUAAUAUGAAGUCAUAUUUUUGGUCACAAAGUAAAUCAAACAAUGCAAAGUUAAUUUAGAUUAAUCACGAUGUAGGGGAGGGACAGACAUUGACUGUUGAAGUUUGAUCAGUAUUAAUCACCUAAUCACUCAAUCUGUAGAGUGCCAAAACAGUGUUUGACCAGCUUUAUCAUCUCAUGUAUUUGUUUAGCAGGUGUCAAUUUCUUUUUAGUGUCUUUCAAGGGUGGUGUUUAGUUGUUUAUUUUUUAUUUUUCCCAAAGUAUAUUAGUUGUGUGUUAUUUUUUUUAUUUGUUUGUGUGUAACAUUUCCCAAAAAAGGGCCAUAAAUCCAGCUCUGGACCAACACUGGUCUGUUCCCCCAGCACCUGUAAUCCCACUGAGGUGACAUCAUGUAUAAUCCACAGAGGGGUGGUCACAGGUAUGGCGGGGUGAUCAGUCAGUUAUAUUCCACUGCCAAAUUAAGGAACAUGGCAAAAUAAAGAGGGAAACACAUUUGAUUACUGUCUGAAACCUUUAAAGAGUUCAGUUAUUAAUACCAAUUUGCAUAGUGGAUAAAUUGAUGAAAAGAUGUAAAUGUUUAUUGACUGUUUAAUUGUAAUUAUGGCAACCAUUGUUUUUAUAAAUAAA